CUGGCAUAGAUGGUGCCUGUGCUGCACAAAAUGACACCUGCUCCUCUGACUCAAAACUGCUCCAACUGCAGCCAGGUGCUGACUCCAGAACUCAAUGUGGUGAAGGCUGUUAUUCUGGGCUUGGUGCUGGGCGUCUUCAUCGUGUUUGGAGUAGUUGGGAACAUCCUGGUUAUCCUCUCAGUAGUUUGCCACAGACACCUGCGUACAGUGACCCAUUAUUUCAUCGUUAAUCUUGCGGUAGCAGACCUGCUACUGAGCUCUACGGUACUCCCCUUCUCUGCCAUAUUUGAGAUCCUUGACCGGUGGGUGUUUGGACGGGUCUUUUGCAAUGUUUGGGCAGCUGUUGAUGUGCUCUGCUGCACAGCCUCAAUAAUGAGCCUGUGCGUGAUAUCUGUGGAUCGCUACAUUGGGGUCAGCUACCCGCUACGUCAUCCAGCUAUAAUGACAAAGCGCAGGGCCCUGCUGGCUGUCAUGCUGCUGUGGGUGCUGUCAGUCAUCAUAUCCAUCGGCCCUCUGUUUGGCUGGAAGGAGCCGGCCCCGGAUGACGAAUCCAUCUGCAAGAUCACCGAGGAGCCGGCCUACGCUAUCUUCUCCGCCGUGGGCUCCUUCUACCUCCCCCUGGCCAUCAUCCUGGCCAUGUACUGCAGGGUGUAUGUGGUGGCCCACAAAGAGAGCCAGGGCCUCAGGGAGGGUCACAAGACAGAGAAGUCGGAUUCAGAGUUUGUUAUCCUCAGGAUCCAUCGAGGCAACACAACUGCAAGUGACGACGAGGCCCUUCGCAGUCGUACGCAUUUUGCACUGCGAUUGCUCAAGUUCUCACGGGAGAAAAAGGCCGCCAAGACGUUGGGCAUUGUCGUGGGCUGCUUUGUACUGUGCUGGCUGCCUUUUUUCCUGGUCCUCCCCAUCAGCUCCAUCUUCCCUGCUUACAGACCACCAGAUACAGUCUUCAAGAUCACCUUCUGGCUGGGCUACUUCAACAGCUGCAUCAACCCCAUCAUUUACCCGUGCUCCAACCAGGAGUUUAAAAAGGCCUUCCAGAGUUUAAUGGGAGCUCACUGUCUAAAAUCCAGUCCAAGGCAGCAGCAUUAUCAACAUCAUCAUCAUCAUCAACUUGCUGUGGGCCACAGUCAAAUGCACAACCAGCCCCUGACUUUGAACGUUGCUCACGGGGGGGCAUCCGAUCGCCUCAGCCCCUCCUCUCCCGUUGACCAGUCCAGGACUCCGUCUUCUCGGGAUAGCAGGGAGUGGAAUGAUUUUUCCCAAGAUCCCGCUGGGGGGACCAGACCAGCAGACAAAAGCAGAAAAGUGGCUAAACUUUGCAGUAAAAGCUUCCAACGGACCUGCUGCUGCGUCCCAAGUGGUGGGAGUCCCCCGCAGGCAAAUUGCACACACACCCCUCCGGUGGGAAAACUUCCCACCAUUAAAAUCCAUCAGUUGUCCUUGUCGGAUAAAGGGGCGCCUGUAUAACCACUGUAUUUUCACAUGAGAGCAUAUUUAUUGAACUGAGCCAGCAGUGGAGCCUUUUUUAAACUUCCACUAUUUCGGGUCUAAAUCUCUAAAACUUCACUGUUGGAGGAAGAGGCAAUGAUGUUUAAUACUUUGAACUUUGUUUCGUGUAAAUGUAUCAUGUGUGCGCAUUACACAGUGAACAACUGAAUAACGUGACAAUGUAUUGUUUUGUUGCAUGAUUAAUAAUGCAGGUCAGCGGUGCUCCAGUUGUCACAAAAGUUUUCCGAAAUAAAUCUUGUGUACCUCCGUGUCACAUGAUAAUAAAUUUGUACUUGCCGCGCAAGGUUUUCAUGCGAACAUUUGUGGAGGCGUUUAUAUACAAAACAACUAUUACCCAUCCAAAAUUGACGCCCCAUUCAUCUCUCCGCAUAUUCUCACAAAAUAUGCACAAAUUGGUGCACCUCCUUCUAUGCAUGUGCAAGACGGAAGUCUUAAUACACUGGAAUUUCACUGACCUUGUGGUUGCUGACCUCAAUCCUGCCCCCAGGCCCCAAGCCUCUUAAAAAAAAAACACCCGAUUUGAAUGUCAAGAUAAAUAACGCACAGUCUGAGGCAUUCCUGUCUCAGACUCUUCUCAUCCAUACAACUGUCAUCCACUUGUUGCCUUUGGUCAGAUGAUCCAUUUAUGGUGAUGUUUACUACUGCGAUAGUUCAUAACUGCAAAGCGUGUCUACAGGGCAAGAGGAUCUCUGCCGGCAGGGUUGAUGUCUUUCCUCCGGGGUGCUUUCUUGAUGAGCGUGAUACCGACAGUAUCAUGACGCUGCGCUCGACCAUCACACGUUAAGAUUGCUCGUACAAGUGCAGCCGACAGUUUUCUCAGCUUCCAGAGUGCUUGUCAUUGGCUGGAACAUCUCUGACCCCCUUAAAUCAUGCUAUCUGCACACAGAGGCCAUUAGGGGAGACAGUAGCAGCAGCAAUAAAACCGUGGAUGGUACCGCUGACCUAAUUCUCACCUCUCGCCAUCGUUCUCUGAAUAGGGAUUAUGACCAUCAACCCCUACAACAAAUACCUGUCUCCUGGUACGCCAUUUUCUAUACGCAUCAGCUUGGAAUGGGUACGGUGAUUCGAUUUGGAACUGUGCAUGAGUCAUGCAGCCAGCAGGGCAGAUUUGCCAGGUUAUGAUGAAUCACUCGCUGAUUCUUUAGGGGAUUGAAGUUCUUCCAUACCAACACAUCGAAACACACCUUUAUGCAGCUCGCUCUGCGUUCGGAAAAGCAGCGCAGUCAUGUUGGAACAGAAAGGGCCCAAACUGUUCCCAGUGGAAAGAGUCGGGGAAAAAAUAUUGCAGUCCAAAAUAUCUCCGAAAGAUGACAUUUUUGGUUACCGAGUAAGAUUAGAAACUUUGUCAUUACAGUGUCUCAACAUAUUUGCCCACUUGUUUUAUGAUGCUCUGCUGAUGACUCAUGUGGGCGAGUUCCCUGAGAGGGAUCAGUUUUGUGACGUCUUCCUGAGACAAUUUAUCGCCGAAAGCUAUCAUCCGUGGGAGGACAUGUUGGCAUGAGGAACCCCCAUUCUUUUUUAAUUACUUGUGUCUAGACUGGACAAUUUUCUAAUAGCCCUUGGCACUCACUAAAUGCAUACGUUUAGUACAAAGAUGCAAUUGCAGUUUUUGUGUUCAGCUCAUUUUACCCUGCAGGUGAAAGGGCUGAACAGGUGGAAAACAAGAGUGAAGAUUUGCAGCUUA